UGUGAACCGGAAGUAUUGAUCAUAGAUCAAAUAUCCAAAAUGGCGUGGCAGCCACAAGAAAGUGGAUUACAACAAAUUCUUCAGUUGUUAAAAGAAUCCCAGUCGCCAGAUACAGCAACGCAACGCGCAGUUCAACAAAAAUUAGAAGAGUUGAACAAAUUCCCAGACUUCAACAACUAUCUGAUAUUUGUUUUGACAAAAUUAAAAAAUGAAGAUGAUCCUACAAGGUCCCUCAGUGGUUUGAUCUUGAAGAACAAUGUGCGGGCGCACUUUGACAAGUUCCCACCAGAGGUGUCUUCCUUUAUCAAGGCAGAAUGUCUCAACAGCAUUGGUGAUCCCUCUCCGCUCAUCAGGGCCACCAUUGGCAUUCUGAUCACGACGAUUGUUGCCAAGGGAGACCUUCGCAGCUGGCCAGAGCUGCUACAGUCCCUUUGUCAGUGCUUGGAUUCGGAGGAUUAUAACAUGUGUGAGGGUGCCUUCGGAGCCUUGCAGAAAAUAUGUGAAGACUCUGCAGAAGCCCUUGACAGCGACCCCAACAGGCCCCUUAAUAUUUUGAUACCCAAGUUCCUUCACUUCUUCAAGCAGCAGAGUCCCAAAAUCAGGUCUCAUGCAAUUGCGUGUGUCAACCAGUUCAUUAUCAGUCGGACACAGGCUCUUAUGGUGCAUAUUGAUGCAUUUAUAGAGAACCUGUUCUACCUGGCGUCAGAUGAUGACACCGAAGUGCGUAAGAACGUGUGCCGAGCCCUGGUCAUGUUGGUGGAGGUGCGCAUGGACAGACUCAUGCCGCAUAUCAACAGCAUCAUUGAGUACAUGAUGAUGCGCACCACUGAUGAUGACGACACGGUGGCGCUGGAAGCGUGUGAGUUCUGGCUCUCCCUGGCCGAGCAGCCCAUCUGCAAGGAUGUGCUCACACCUCACAUUGAGAAGCUGGUGCCCAUACUAGUCAAUGGCAUGAAGUACAGUGAGAUAGAUAUCAUACUGCUGAAGGGCGACAUUGAGGAAGAUGAGAUGAUACCAGACAAGGAGUCUGACAUCAAGCCUCGCUUCCACCGGGCCAGGUCACACAACCAGAAGCACCAAGAGGAUGGUGAGGGCGGGGGAGAUGGUGAUGGCGAUGAUGAUGAUGACGAUGAUGGUCUAGACGAUGACGACAGUUUGUCAGACUGGAAUCUACGCAAGUGUUCAGCAGCUGCCCUGGAUGUGCUGGCCAAUGUGUUCCGUGAGGACAUCCUGCCCGUGCUGCUGCCCAUCCUGAAGGAGAUCCUGUUCCACGCUAACUGGGAGAUCAAGGAGUCGGGCAUCCUUGUGCUGGGCGCCAUCGCGGAGGGCUGCAUGAACGGCAUGAUACCUCACCUGCCUGAACUCAUACCCUACUUGAUUGGGUGCCUGUCAGACAAGAAGGCCCUAGUUCGGUCGAUCACCUGCUGGACCCUCAGUCGGUAUGCCCACUGGGUUGUGGGGCAGCCCCACGACAUGUACCUGAAACCUCUCAUGACUGAGCUUCUGAAGCGAGUACUGGAUGCCAACAAGCGUGUGCAGGAGGCGGCAUGUUCAGCCUUUGCCACGCUGGAGGAGGAGGCGUGUACUGAGCUCGUGCCCUACCUGGGCUUCAUACUGGAGACACUUGUGUUCGCGUUCAGCAAGUAUCAGCACAAGAACCUGUUGAUAUUGUAUGAUGCUAUUGGCACACUGGCAGACUCUGUUGGACACCAUUUGAAUAAACCAGAGUAUGUGAGCAUGUUGAUGCCACCGCUGAUUGAGAAGUGGAAUGUACUCAAGGACGAGGAUAAGGACCUCUUCCCAUUGCUUGAGUGUCUGUCCAGUGUGGCCACGGCCCUGCAGUCUGGAUUCCUGCCGUACUGUGAGCCCGUCUACAGACGCUGUGUGUCUCUGGUGGAGCAGACCCUUGCACAGAACAUGGCCAGCAUGCAGAACCCAGAGCAGUUUGACCCACCUGACAAGGACUUCAUGAUUGUGGCCCUGGACCUGCUGAGUGGGCUGGCAGAGGGCCUCAACCAACAGAUAGAGGGACUCGUAUCCAAUAGCGACAUACUCAAGUUCCUGUACCAGUGUAUGCAGGACCCAAUGCCAGAGGUUCGACAGAGUUCCUUUGCCCUGCUAGGGGACCUUACAAAGGCCUGCUUUCAGCAUGUAAAACAGUGCAUAGGUGACUUCAUGCCCAUUCUGGGUCACAAUCUGAACCCUGAGUAUAUAUCAGUGUGCAACAACGCCACUUGGGCUAUAGGAGAAAUUUCAAUCAAAAUGGGCGCAGAAAUGAAAGAGUAUAUACCAGUUGUGUUAGGAAAUCUAAUAGAGAUCAUCAAUCGACCCAAUACUCCCAAAACACUGCUGGAAAACACAGCCAUUACUAUUGGUCGACUUGGGCUUGUCUGUCCCGGGGAGGUGGCACCAAACCUGCAGCAGUUUAUACGCCAAUGGUGCACAUCGCUGCGAAACAUCCGUGACAAUGAGGAGAAGGACUCUGCGUUCCGAGGCGUGUGUCACAUGAUCAGCGUGAAUCCAGGAGGCGUUGUUCAAGACUUUAUCUUCUUCUGUGAUGCUGUCGCCUCAUGGGUUCAUCCUAAAUCUGACCUGAAAGAGAUGUUCUAUAAGAUCUUGCACGGGUUCAAGGACCAGGUUGGAGAGGAGAACUGGAAGAAGUUCUCAGACCAGUUUCCAGUCCCACUUCGGGAACGACUCGCACAGCACUACGGGGUGUGACAGGUCCAGGGACGCGGGGAAAAACUGGGUAAACCUCUAAUCAAGGGCGGGAGGUGGGAGGGAUCUCUCCAUAACCUUACUUCGGACCUCGGUGGGCGGGCAUCGCGCUGGGAAGGGAGGGAGGGCACAGCAGGGGUCAACCAGGCCCCUGUCUACAUACGCGCCAGGGAAUAGGGGCUCUAGAUGGCGGUCAAAUCGCGGAACCGUCACUACCUUCGCGAAACAUGGGUGGGCACGCGUCAAUAAAGCUAUAAAUCGUGGGUGGGACCAUUAUCUCCGUUGUUGAGCUGUAGCGGACACCUUUAUCAACAUCAUCCAUCUGACAUUGCUGGCGUCUGGGACGGCCAUAGCCGAUCAUCGCGGAAGAACGUCAGACUGAGGACACACAAAAUGGUGGGAAAAAAAUCUUUCCAGUACCCACCUAAAAGAACACAAACAUGUGUGGACAAACAUAAUUAUGUUAUUAUGUUCUGUAAAGACUAAGCAUUUUAACUAGGAUGCCAAGGUUUCCAUCUGGAAUGUACUUCAAAUCUUUGCUUCUGAUGUAAAAUUCAUAUGAUGUUAUAUGUAGGCAUCCAGAGCAAGGCUAUAAGAUUGCAUCUAUAGCGGGUUUGAAAUUUUGCAAAGUUACGCACACACAAGUUUAUAGUCUGUUGAUUGAUAUUGUUAAAAUUGAAGUGAUACUCAUUCUUCAUCUACCCAUUUAUCAAAGUAAGCAUUUAAGGUUUUCAUCGAAGAUACUUUGUGCGAUAUGAUGAGCACUUUAAGGGCUGGUUUUAAUACAUGUAGGCUUUUUUUGGGGUUUAUCCGCGAAAUUUAGUACAGGGGAAGGUUUUUAAGAUUAUAUCCACAAAGUAUCUUCAAAGAAAACAGGAUUUGGACAUUCUCUGAAACUGAUCUUUGGAUAUGAUAAAACACUUAACUCUUGAAAUUCAACUAUUAAUUAAAAUAAAACAUUGAUUGAUAUACUGAUAAAUGGAACACCUUGUUUUGAAAACACUAAAAAACAAUUUGUGUUUGAUAAAAAUUAAAAUGAACCAUCAUAAAUAAAAAUUAAUGAAACAUAUUAGUUUCAAAAUAUUGAAACCUAUUUGAUUGCAUUGGUUUGAGUGAUUGUUCCUUGUGGCUGAGACCAUAGUUGUGUAACCAAUAUAAGCUAUUUAUUCCUAUUUAAUCGUGGAAUGUUUCUUUCGUUUCGAAAUCUUUGUGCUUAAAAGCAAACAGACAUUCCGAAUAAUUCUGCUGCAAAGGAUCUUAUCAUUCAUGGUCUAAUUUGUCCAGAGAAAAUUCUGGGAGAACCAGUCAAAAUAUUAAUUAAAGAAAAUAUGGACAAUUAGCAGUUAUAAAUGUUAAGUAUUUUUCGCUUUCUUGAAUAUCCAGAAUAAUAUAGAUUUCAAGAAAUAGAAUGCCGCAAGAACUUAUGAAAAUGCAUGAUUGUAUAUGCUUUAGUGAAAAUGGUGGAAUAGAGAAUACCAACUGAAGAUGGGGUAGAUGUGCAUGUAUUUAUUGUUCGUUUGUGUGAAUCAUUUUCAUGGACGGCCAAAUGGUUAUUCACAAACUACUUCGGAAUGUCUAGCUUAUUACACAGGUGUGAAUGUUGUCCUGCCUGACUGGUUUGUUGCAAAGCUAAUUAUUUCUAUCUCUAAAUGUAGUCCCAAAAGCUAACCCUUUACCCCUUAGGUAUGUAUUUUGACUCAUGUUUUGUCCUUUUAAAAGUUACAUUGAAUUUAAUAACUUUCUUACUAAAUUCAAGUCUUAAAGGCUUCAUUUCCAACCCUUAGUUACUGAUGAGCAGCAAACCGCAUAAAAUCUGAGCAGACUGCGAGUUACUUGCAGGCUGUUCUGGUUUUAUGCUGGUUGCAAAAGCCAUUUUCACUUUGCUUCUUAUAAGGGUAAGGGUGAAGUGAAUGUUACAUAUGGACUGUUUUUUUUUUGCAUUCCAUGAGGAAUUUAAAAGAUUUCUAGAUCUUUCCUUCGUGCUUUCAUCACAGUGAAUAUAUUAUUAAAGAUUUGAAUUUUGGUUCUAGUAGGUUUUUUGAAAGACACAAGUGUGAAAUGAAUAAUGAAUAAAAGAUCAAAAACAGUAUACUUGUAUAUGCAUUCAAAUAUUUUUUUGUUUAGAUAAAAUUGUUUUAUAACCAAAGGAAACAUGAUACUUAAUGUGACUCGUACUCAAAUAAAUGUUAAUUGGCAGUAUUCCAAAAUAUGACCAUUGUUUUUCUAAGUGAUUGGUUGUGUUAAAUGUGGUUGUAUACUUUGUUAGGAGAAACGAGUACUUUUUUUAUCAAGGAUCGAUAAUUUACUCUAUGUUUGGGUAGUUUUCAGAUGUUGAGUAAUUGCCUUGGCAAAGAAACAAUCAGUUAAUUAACUACUCUACAGGGCUGUUUUUCUUCGCUGAGAAUGGCAGUUUUCCCCAAAUUUGAAAAGUUUGUGGCUCAAAUUUUCACAAUUUAGAGAAGUUUAAGACUCAAAAUUUCAUAAGAUGGAAAUGUUCUUGACUUAUUUUGUCACAAUUCUGAGCAGUUUACGACUUUUUUUCACAAAAAGAGGGAGUGAAGACGGCUUCACAAAAAUGGUGGGAAAAGGCCUUAAGCAUAAAAUUAAAAAAAGUGAUUGAUAAUAUCCAAAACAUACAUCUUCAGAAAAUUUAGUUCUGAAAAAUAACACAACAGCAUUUUUGCAAAUUUAAAAAAGCUUUUACAGAAGAUGUAUUUACUGUUGUAUCCAUAUGAUAGCAACAUGUUUGUGCCAGAAUGAUUGAAUGUGUAAAUGGUGGAAUGCAGAUUAUUUGUGCUUGAGUUUGAACUUACUGUAUUGUAACUUGCUUUGUACAAUUUUGUUUCUGAUAAACCUUUUCUCUUAACUUGCACACAUUAGCAGAAAACUGUUAGGCAAAGACAUGGCAUGUAAUUACCAACUUUCACAUGCAUUUAAGUUUUAAAGAAAUGUAAAAAAAAAAAAUGAUUUUGAAAUACUACGCAAUUGUUUAAAAGCUAAUCAAAUGUUAAAUAAUUUUUUUUAAAUGUUUUAUAUUGGAAGUAAUUUUAUAAAGUUGUUAAAAUGCAUAUUUGCUUGUGACAAAAUCUUAAUUAAAAAUGAGAAUUGUAAGAUUGUUUCUCAAGUUUCAACUAAGAUUCUUUAUAUAUACCAGCCUAGGAAUACAUCUAAAGGCAGUAUAGUAAAUCAUUGUUCUGUCACAUGCCAUAUGUUUACUUGCAAUAUUCCAGUUUUAAAAAUAGUUUAAAUCAAGUGUGUAUUGAAAGGCUAUUGAAACCAAAUAAAGAACAGUCCAAGAUUUGUCUGUAUAAUUUUGUCAACAUGUAGACCAAUUUUUUGCAAUUCAUAUGCAUAUGAAUUGAAGCCUUUGUGGUUACAUUUUAGUUCUUAGCAAGAUCACUUUGUUAACAGUGUGCCCUCUGUACAUUCUUUGGCUUCCAAAAUUUUGUUCCAAGUGGAUUUUUUUCUUAUUUCAUGCUUUGUUAUAUCUGUCUUUCAAAUCUAGUACUCUUUUUGAUAGUUUUUUAAAAGUCUUUCAGAGCUCAGUUAGUAAACUGUUGUUUUUUAAAUGUAUGCAUGAAUAAAUAAAACACAUUUUAGCCAGCUGAA